AUGGACGCGGGCGAAUACGAUACCAAUACUCUACUAAUUAAUAAUCUUUCCUCUAUCGCUUUCCGCAUUUAUGAGCCCGUCGCCUCGCACUCUUCGACCUACACCUUUGCUGCCUCGGACGUCGAGGAUGCCCUGCGCAGCGAUGGCCAUCUUGUGUACAUGGAUGUUGCUAGGCGGGGAAUAUGGUGUUUCUAUCUCUCUGACAAGGACGCGCCCUUGUCCCUUCAGCCCGAGCAACACGGUCUCUACGUCAAGAUGGAGGUCUGUGGCUAUCUUCUGAGGCUUGUCGAGGAAGGGAGCUUCGAGCCACCGAGUCUGUACAGGGGGCGGUCGCCGGGGGCAAACGUGACCAACACGCCGAACAGCUCCUCUUCCAGCGCCUCGGGGGUUGAAGUGGCAUUCCGCAGCACACAACCGACCUCACUCCCGCCGGCGCUGACCGCCGGCACCGCUGCUGUGGACACAAAGAUGGCGCCCAACCUCGCCCCGGACUCGAAGGGCUACAACUCGGUUCCAGCUCGUGAAAUACAUGAAUUUUUCGUCACGGCGGUCCUGUCCUCGCUGUCGACUUCGCUCUGCCACCAAAUUGGAGCCAUCUCGCUCAACCACCGAACUGUCCUGCUCCCGCCCCAGGCCUUUCACGUAGACGACGUUGAUACGGCCCAAGCGUCGCGGACUUCGGCUCUAGCAACAUUCCGGGUUUACCUGACUACAACGGGAUCUCUCGUCAUCUCUCUCUCCGUGUCGUUGCUACAGGGCCUGAUUUCCUCCGCUGAAGCCUUGCGCUCAAGCUUGCCGUCCCCAGGCCCCAUAGUUCUUGCUGCGCCUCUCGGAGCCUUUGGGGCAUUGCAAGGCGUAGUGGACGGGGAUAGCCACCUCGAGAGCGGCUUCGGCCACUCCCCGGAGACCCAUAUCAGCCGAGCGAGACCAGAGCCAAGCGACAGAUUCUCACAGUGGAAGAGUACCUGCAUCAAGCUGCUCCAGAUGCGUGGCAUGUCGCCCGCUUUGUUAGAUGGAUGCUCGUGGCUGAAUAUACACUUUCUCCAGAGAAAACCAUUUGAUCAGAGAGGGGACGGGAAGAGGACACCGCUUCUGGGCUCAGGGCCAACGGCCCCAUGGCCGUCUGUUCUCUGUUUUCGGAAGCCAAAGAUGGAGGCGGCGCUGGGUAACCACUUCAGAAAACUGCAAGUGGGUAGCGUCGCUGAGCAUACGGACCCCCUCAGCAACGCGAAGCUCUGGUCUCAAGGCGUCUCUGAACGAGAGGAUACUAUUGCAAGGAGGAAAAGAGAGCGAGAUGCGACCAUGUUGCGCGAGACUGCCGAUGCGGAUGCAAGAGAUCACCAGCACAACGAAUAUUCGCCCCUGACUCUUCGGCGCUCGAGUAACGGCGGGGGCGGGAUGGCAGCUGGUGUUAUGUACCCAACCCCUCCAGACGGGGUCCAACAGCCAGGGUUCACCCCCUCGUUCGAUGGUGCGGGAGUGAGCCCAGGCCAGCAGCCGCCGGCAACUGCAAUGGCCGAUAUCGAUGCCGUAAUGCAUCACGAUGCGCCAACUAGCGACGGGUUCGCUGAUGGAUGGCACGUGGGUGAUCCUAAGCGCGAGCCACAGGGGGUAGCAUUCCUCGAAGGGGAAAACAUGUUUGGUGAUUUGGGCGACAACUUGUUUGAGGACAAUGAGCUCACCGAUGCCGACUUUAAUUUCUUUGACGAGCAACCACUUGGAGCCGACGUCGAUCUCUCUGUUCUUCCCGAGAUGGGGUUAGCGAGGGAUAUGUCGGCAAGUAUAAGCCACGCAAUCCAAGGAUCUUCCCGCAAUUCCGGCGGUGCGGAAACGGCCAGACCUAAUAACCGCCCUGCAUUGCCCGAGUUCACAAAGCCUGAGUUAAAGCACGCUCGAAGCACUCUCGCCGAAGAAAGCCGGCAGCUGAGCAACCUGGAGAGCUACAACAUGAAUUCAGCACUGGGAAUAAAAAGACACCCAAGCCCCUUCAACCCGGAUACCGUCUAUAAGCGCAUCCGGGCGUCGAUCCACGCGCCAAUGCCACCCAGAUAUUCUAGCAAGAACACCCAGCCACGGCGUGGCAGUGUGUUCGAAAAGGUGGACUUUGAUCCAUCUCUAUCACUCGUAAACAAAAAAUACCAAGAGCGCGGGCCGUAUGACUAUACGAUUCCGGCUUUAAAGGCCCAGAAAGACAAACGUGGUGAAAGAGAGAACCCCCUCAUACCAGGUGGCAUGCUGGAGCCUGUAAAGCAACGAAAGAGCCUCAAGAGUUUGCCAUCAAACAUUGGCCUUCUUCUGGCAAAGAUUAACGGCGGAAUUAACGGCGGCCUAGAGAGUAGCCCAGCGAAGCCUAAUGAUCUUUCCGAGUCGGAGGAGAGCAGCUGGUCUUCAGAAGACGAUAAUGCUAGCGACAUGUCUGGCGACCCCUGCUCUCCAGAGAAGUCUAGCGUGAUAAGACGACGCCAGGAUGACGAUGUUGUAUCAAUGGCGGCCUCCUUCAAAGACCUGGAGAACACUUCGGCGGACUCGCCCGGAUAUGGGUCCAUCGACCUUUCCCGCUUGUCGAUCCCUGAAGUUCCCGAACUGUCUAUGACGAAAUAUUUUGCAGACCCGGAGCCCGCCGCCCUCCGCCCCUCGGGUUCGGAUGAUGACUUGAUUACGGUUGCCCAAGUUCUCACCGAGCAGGCCGCCUCGGGUCUGCUCAAACUCGCCUACCAACGUCCAUGCGCCGAAACUCAAGAGGCGCGCCGAUGCUUGGUCAACGCAAUCCGAUAUUCGGUGCAGGGGUUGCAGAAGGCUUUGCCAAGAACCCUUGCAGGUGCAAUGGAAUGCCAGCUUCGGCCUUUCAUCGAGGUGCAGGAUGUGCCAUCACUGGGGCCGCCGAACCGUGUUCCGCCAAGGCCAGCCGGUCAGGAGCUGGUUCGGCCCAGCAUCUUUCAGAUUCCUACUCCUCACAUUGAGAUUCGCCGCUACGAAACCCAGCUCUCGGUGUUGCCAUCGGCAGUGUCCUUCUGGGAAACACUUGGUCUCGGACCUUCGCAAGGUCCCAAGGACAUUGUCUCUAUAUGCGUGUUUCCCCAGAUGGAGGGCUUACAAGACAGCGCCCUCGCUUUUGUGGAAAGAAUACGAAGCACAUAUGAGUCGCUCAAACUGGGGGUCUUUGUAGCGCUACCAACCGUCAAUGGCAUAGUGGGUGGUCUGCUCCCAUUUGCUGCUGACUAUCAUCAGGAUAUGGUGUCUCCCGGGGCUAAUACGCCUCGGGACGCCUCGGCGGCCACUGAGAAUAUGGCGAAAUUGGCUCAAGCAUUGGCGGCCACAGCCAUGACCGAGAAGAACUUUGUCGUAUAUUUUGUGUAUUCGGCAGAAAAUCCCAGGUCGAUUGUGGAUUCUUGUGCUGCUUUUCAGGAGCUCUUCGAACACUACAAACGGGUGAUGUCGGAAAGGAAGAAGCCGAUCACGAACGAGCUUGUCCUCCAGCUAGUACCGCUCGAGCAUCUGGCCUCAGAGACGUCUUUAGUAGUACUAUUUCCGGCUGACUAUAUAAGGCUCUGCAUCGAGACGUAUGACCGCUGCACCCUCUUUGGCGGCUCGAUGCCGGCCCCCGCGAUUAUGCUCGAGCGAGCCCUACCGCGAACGGUAGACUUCAAACUGACGAGCAGCCCCUCGCCAAAUCUCCUCCUAGAGAACACCUACAUCCAUGUAGCGUAUGCUCAAAGCGUGGAUGAGCGCUGGGUCACAGCGGCAUGGACAGACAACCGUGGAAGUAAGCAAAUGACGGCAUCAUACUGUCUGGGACGGCGAGGCAAGCCUCUCUCAAGACACCUGACAGAGGUUGUGCGCGAGAUUUGGGAGACGACACUUGACUUCAUCUCGGUUCUUAAGGUGCACUGGCGGGUCAUAAUCGCCAAGUGCGGGCCCAUGGACCAACAAGAAACCGAGUUCUGGGUCGGCCUAGCGAAGCCGAAUGGAGAUGCUCGAGCGAACGUUAGUCUGACGCUCGUGACUGUGGACACGAAUCCGUCGCUACAGCUCAUCCCGCCGUCGGUCAAAAUCCCCUUCACGGCACCCUCCGUGUUUUAUACCACGCCCGUGUCAACACCGCAGACCUCGAUCGUCUCCCCAGACCAGAGCGGAGUCGGCGGCGGCGGCGGCGGCAACCCCUCGACGCCGAUGGGAGCCACCAGCGGCGGGAUCGGCGCUACGACGCCCGGCGGCGAGAACUCAGCCACGGAACCCGACGUGGACACAACGCUCAUCGACGUGACCGAGACGACGUGGGGAGUCGUCGUCUCGCACCGCCUCAACAACUCGACCUCCCUGACGGACCUCAACCCGGCCCUGGCCAGCGGCUACCUCAUCAAGCGCGGCGGCCACCGCCCCGACGAUGCCCCCGUAGCCAUCGAGGUCAACGUCAUCCACAACGGCGGCAACAACCCGCGCGUGCACGAGUCGCUGCUCCGCGACUUGCUCAUGUAUUUCAGGGGCCUCGGCACCCUGGCUAGGGCCCGUGGCAUCGUCGAGCGCGACACGGACGCCCGCCCGUGGCAUGUGGCCGCGGCGGAAAAGGCUGUCCGCGUACUCUAUCUACUAAUGUGA